AUGUAUACUGCUAUACGAACUUUAUGUUGUUGCAAGGCAGAAGAUGAUGUAGACGAAAGGCCUUUGAUUACUGAUAGAGAUAACGAUCAUUUCGGAGCAACAGUGUCUUCUGAUUUGGCUGAUAGUUAUUGGGUAGAUGAUAGGGCGAUAAAUAUACCACGACCUCAUUACUCAUCGAGUGGUCCUGAUAGUUUCAAACCUGACAAUGAAGAAGAUGAAUUAUUAAAUCAGAUUUUGGAAACUACUCAGCAAAACAUAAUAGAUGUUGCCAAUAUAGAUGGCGGAACAGUACCGUCUAAAGAAGAUUUAUUAAAAGCCCAAAAAUAUAGUGAUGCAAUCAAACAACAUGAUUUAAGGCUCAGAAAACAUGUUUCUGCUCCGCUUUUGGAUGAUGAUCCAUGUCUUUUAUCUGAUGCUGGAGUGCGAGCAGUAGAUUUGUUACGAGAACCAGCACGCCCUUUUUCUGAAUUACGAGAUCUUGCCAGUCGUUUGUCAGAUGCGAUGACAAAAGGUGUACAGAUAGAACAUAAAGAGGACGUUCUGAUCCAUAUGACUUUUUCGGAUGAUUGA